UCCUCGGUGGCCUCGUCGAUGCCUCCUUUGGCGGAGAGUUGGAGUGGAAAGCGGAAGCUCUAUGCCAUCGACGAGCGCGAAGAGAGCUCGCCGGUGACUGUGGGUGAGGUGGAGGCGGAGACGGCCUAUGAUGCUGAUGUGGACGAGCUGGAGCAGCCCGUGGGUCAGCGUGAGAUCAUCUACGAGCUGUUCCAGCCCUGGGCCCUCACCACCUACGGCGAUCAGGCAAAGACCAAGACGAUAACGCUGCGCAAGAAGGCGCGUAUUCUCAAGGCGCUGGAAGGCAAGGAGCACAGUCGCCCGGAUAGCUCCAAAUUUCGCUUCUGGGUGAAGACAAAGGGUUUCACUACAAAUCGUCCCGACGGAUACGAAGAGUCUGCGGGCAGUCGAAGACGCCUGAAGCCUCUUCCCGUGUCCGCAGUUCUCUCGGACAACCCUGGCGAUGUGGAUCUGUUCGCCGCAUCGACGAGCAAGGGAUUCGGUCGUCGGAUCUAUCGCAAGGUGGCCUGUGUGGAGGAGUUCUUCGACAUCAUCUACAACGUGCACAUGGAGCUGGGCGGACGCAGCGGGAUGCAUGCGGGUCAAAAGCGCACCUACCGAAUUAUAACGGAAACCUACGCAUUCCUGCCACGCGAGGCUGUCACCCGCUUCCUCACCAUCUGCCCCGAGUGCAAGAAGAACCUCAGACCCUCCUCGCCGACGGGAGGAUGCAAGGACUCAGAGCUGGCCGGCAAUGAGAGUUCCUCGGAAGUGGAGAACUAUCUGAAUUUUUCAUCGCAUACGGAGAGCUCUUUGGAGGCGGGACCCACGGCCAAGCGGCGGCGCCACUCAAGUGCCGAUCUGAAGGGUUCAGCGCCCGUGGCAGGGGUGGGCGCUGCUGCCAGCAGUGCCAGUGCCACACAGCUUGAUGUUCUCGGGGCACCUCCACCCAGUCCCACCGCGAUACAACCACGUGCCCAGGCGGCUGUCGAGACCACACCGGUUAGCGUGCCCAAGAUACGGGUCAAGACACAGUUGCAGCGUCCGUUGAGUCCACCAGGGGGAGUUCUCAGUACGGAGCCAAGUGUUUCGACUUCCGAGCAGCACAGCAACCCCAAUCCCAGCCCCGACCCCAACCAGGGACAGCCCCAGGGCUUCAAUAUGCAGCUUCUUAAGUCGCGGGAUAAUCUCCUCAAGUACUACGACUUCAUGAGACGCUUCUACGCCGGCGGCUCGGUGCUCCAUGAACCGGUCCUAGCGCCGCCCCUCUACGGCAGCAGCCUACUGCAAAGUCUCAGCUAUCCAACCACCACCACGACAAGCAGCACUACGACCCUUACCACAAGCACAGCAACCACCGCGGCACAGAGCAAGAGUCCGGCCCCUCCCAGGGCAUCCUACCCACUGCCGACGACUCCGUCCGCUUCCAUUACCACCUUCAAGACCUCCCCAGAUAGUUUGUCACGGGCACGCUCACCGAUGGCCUCGGUGGCCACGCCUCCCGAUCCCCAAGUGACCCAAACACCGAUCAAUCUAACGAAAUCUCUAUUUUGCAGCCCCAAGAACGGCAAUCCGGCCUCGACCUCGACACCAGUGGCCGUGCUUGCCCCGCUCAAGUUGGAGCUGCCCAGUCCGCCCAGGCCGUUGCCAGAGCUUCGCAUUCCCCAGCCACGUGGCAUGCCGCAUGUGGAGCUGUCCUUGCCACUGCCACCACUCGAUUUGGAGCGACUAAAGCCCAUUACCUCCACGUACUUGCAGCUGACGCGCAGCAUGGGACUGAGCGACGAAGAUGCCUUGCGCUUUGAUAACCUGGAAACCAUACCAGCAACACCGGCCACGAACAUCGACACAACCAGCACGGUGGUCGGUGUGGGCGGCGGCGGCGGCGGCGCAGGUCUCGGCGGAGGAGGAGCAGGUGGCGGUGGCGGCCUCCUUGGCACCGGCGGGAUCCUGGGCGAAGUCGUCAGCGGCCUGGGCGGAGGAGGCGGCAGCGAGUCGGAGGCCUAUGCGGGCCUGAUGAAGGACGCAGACAAGCUGAAGCUGAUGCUCCUCGCCUGGAACUACCAGAACUCGACGGCGGUGCGCAACGGGACCGAAGGGCCAGACCUCAGUGUUGUGGGUGGGCUGUGGGCCCAGUACCAGAACGCGCUCGCCCAGAAUGCGGCUGCGGCUGCGGCGGCCAGUGCCAAGAUGGACAGCUCGCUGUCCCCAGUGCCCCGGCAGGACACACACUCACCCAUGGAGACGCAGGACGAGACCAACUCCUCCGGGCAGAAGGAGGAGGACGAGGUUUCCGAGGACGACUCCGACGACAAGCUGGACGAGAAGCUGGCCACCACACACGAUCCCGAGCGCCUCAAGGCCUUCAAUAUGUUCGUGCGGCUCUUUGUGGACGAGAAUCUGGAUCGCAUCAUCCCCAUCUCGAAGCAGCCAAAGGAGAAGAUCCAGGCCAUCAUCGAUUCGUGUGCUCGCCAGUUCCCCGAGUUCAGUGACCGCUCCCGCAAACGCAUCCGCACCUAUCUCAAGUCGUGCAGACGCAACAAGAAGACCCGCGACGGAUGGGAGAAUACGACCAGACCAACCCCUGCACAUCUGACAUCCGUGCAGGCGGAACAAAUACUGGCCAUUGCCUGCGAGAACGAAUCGAUGAAUGCCAAGAGAAUGCGCAUCGGCCUGGAGCCCAUCACCCACGCUGUGCCAGCUCCAGGUAGUGCUGUUGCCGCAGCGGCUGCGGCAGCUGCGGCCGCUGCCGUUGUGGCCGCCACUAGCUCCGGUGUCGGUGGGACCAGUACAACGUCCGCGGGCAAUGCCACGGUCACCUGCGGAGGAGCAGGAGUAGUGGAUGCGACCGGCCUCACAAAUGUGGCGGCCGCUGCACUGCCCUUUGUUAGCGCCGUGGGCUUCGCUCGCUCCACACCGAACUCGGAGCACGCGGAGGCGCUGCCCUUCGGCGGGGCCAGCAACGUGGGCGGAAGUGCGGGCGGCGGCAGUACGAGUGGAGCGGAGAGCAACUGUUCGGCGCGCAGCUCUCCACUGGCCCUCAGUUCGAAUGCGAGCGUGAGCGGUGGGGCAAGCGUGACCGGCCUGACACUGGCCAAUGGGGCUGUGCCCUCGAAUGGGGCUGGCCUCCCGCCCACCAGCUACCCCGGCUACUUUCCCGGGGUGGCUGCUUUGGGUAAUGUGACGCCCACCGAUCUCUCGAUGAAACCAACCUCCCUGGGCUCCGGCGUCAGCGGCAACCUGCUCAGCAGCAACAACGGCAAUCUGUCCGUGGCCGGCGCCAUCAACUCCCAGCUCAGUGCCGCCAACCUGGCGACUUUGAGCAAUGCCAACACUAACAGCGCCCUGGUGACCGCAACUCAGCAGCUGCAGCAGCUCCAACAGCAACAACAACAGCAGCAGCAACAGCAGCAACAACAGCAGCAGCAGCAGCAACAACAACAACAGCAGCAGCAGCAACAGCAGCUCCUGGCCAGCUCUGGCGGCGGUCUCGACGGGCAAUCCUCCCGAGCGCCGCCUAUCCUUCCGCACAAGCUGAGUCCCAACGAGGUGUCCGCGGCCCGCCAGGUGAUAUCCGCCUACCGUGAGAGCGCGGCCUUCCUCCUGCGCACCGCCGACCAGGUGGAGCAGCUGCUGGUCCAGCAGCAGUAGGCGUGGCCGAGGGGCGCACUCAAGUUUCCAGGACCCAAGCGAUGCCAGGCGCGCGCGGGUUGUUCCUAUUUAAAAUUAAUAUAAAUUCAAUUACACACGAAACUGACCCACUCACCCCACACACUCUCGCGCCAAACUAAGCGAAAUAGUCAAAGCAUAGAGCAAAACGAAGGAGCAACACAGGAGUAGAAGGCAGAAGAGCAGGAGAGCAGGAGAGAUGGAGAGGAGGAUAGUAGAGCAGGAAAUAGCCAAAGGAAGUUCGUUUAAACAAAACAUUUUAAGUGUUUUUUCCUCCAACUACGUACACAAUAUUAAAAUAGAAUUAAACGAUAAACAAAAACCAAAACAAAUAUUGAAAAUAUCACAACAGUAAAAAUAGCAGAGCUGUUCCAGCCAUCUGAUUGCGUCCUACAUUCCAUCCUGGAAUAUGUGUUUCAGAGCUGUUCAAGUCUAGGCGAAUGUCUUAAAUUUAUAAGCAUGAAAUAGUCAUAUUUCCCUUACUACAAAAAAUGUAUUUGCUUUGAAUACCUGAGCUUAAAUUACAAUAUUACUUAAUAUCACUUCCAUGGAAAUUUGGUAUGACUCGAAAUGCAAAUUUAUCUUCUUACGUUCUAAAUAUUUUAAUCGUUACUCUGACUAAAGCUUUUUAUGUCAACCAUAAGACCAUAAAACCAGUUCUGGGGCAUAUUAAUUAUCGCUACCGAACAUACAUGAAAGUUUAAAAAAGGUUCCCCCUUAACACUUCUAUCCACUAAAAGCGCGAAAUACACAUAGAGGAGACAUAUCAGGUAGCUGGGCAGCUCUAAUAAAAAUAAAUCCAAGCAACAGUUCAACGUACUCCAGUGUCUACUAAAAGUAAAACUACAAUAGCCACACACAAACACUCGCAUUGAUUUUGUUUAAACUUUUGAUUAUUGCAUAUUUUUGGACUCGUCCAGGUGGGGGAGGAGUCGCGAUUUCCGGGCCCGUUUUCGAUGAGCGCGAUUUGUUAAAAAUGAAAAAUAAUAAUUAAUAAGUUGAAGUAUUGUUGUACAUUUUAAGGAAUCGAUACAAAAAACAUUUUAAGGAAAACAAAAAAAAAAAAAUACGAAAAACUAUGAGAAAACACAGGGUGAUACUUUGAAAAAUUAUUACAAUGCAUAAGCUAAAAAUUAAACAAACGAGAAAGGAAAAGAGAAAAUGUAAAAAAAAUGAAUUCGAAAAAAUGGAAUAGAAGUUGGUAAAUGUGUAUUUAAAGUUUAGAGACAACUAAGUUUUGUACACUGUUUCCAGUUUCUUGAUUCAUGUCCCUCAGUUCGACUGGUUUACCUUCCAUUAGGUGUAUAUAUUUUGAAAUUUUAAAUUUUUGUUUUGCUGUUGCUUUUUACUCACAUUCGAUUAUGGAAGUAUAUAUACCAAAUAAAGUAAAUAAAUACAAAAUAGCCAUUAAUGUUUUUUGCAACUAUAAAUGUGCAUGUAAAAAAACCACACUCACACACACACACACACACACAAACAAACACUCAAAAACACAGUGGAACAUCGGUUACAUAGGGAUGUGAGGAAAAGAAAGCCCUAAAUGGAAGAUCGCUAUGGCAGGCAGAUUAUAGAAUUUAAUAAUAUAAAUAAAUUGCUACAAUUAUUUAACCAACAGAUAAUUAUUGACUAAACCAAACUAAAUAAAUACCCAAAAGAGUUCGAUCAAGGCGCGGGAUAUUUAUAAAGAGUACUUAAACGUAACACACUGAGCGGCAUUCGCUGAGAAGAGUAAACUAAUUAAACCAGCCCGAACAGAGGAAUCACGAGUGGAAACAAGACAUUUUAAAAAUCGAUUUAAUAAAGAAUUUAUGAGAAUUAUAUGUA